UCAUCAUGAAUAUUCACAAUUCCUCCAAAACGCACCCUGACUCUGGAUCAGUGAUGUCAGCCUGGAAUGCUUUACUGUAUCUUCCAUGAUUGUGUCGUCCGUUUUUGGGGGGGCUGAAGUGGUGAGAGGAGCAUCCUUCGUCGCGCGUGACCUUUUCCACAUCACGUCCCCUCACAUGUCGGGCUAAGGUGACUUUCAGGCAGUUGUUUCCACUUCUUGUCUGGCGCACCAUGUCGGGAAAACGCGAGGAUCCACAGCGAGGACGCGAUGGUCAAGCGGCGCGUCCGGGCUGCGUGUGAGGGGGACACAUGUCAGGUAUGAGCGGGAGGAUGACAAAGAGUGUCUCUCUUGCUUCUCAGUGGAGCCACCGCGGUCCAUGUCAGGCUUUCAGAGGUUCAGAUUAGCUCCAGACUGACUCACGCACAGAUAAGGAGCGCAGGAUCCAGCCUCGCCAUCGGGAUUUCGCUUCGCGUCUCAAUGUCAUAAUGGACAGGUUGCACUCCUCCAUGCGUAAAAGGCUCUACAGUUUGCCACAGCACAUCGGACAGAAAGCUUCGAUCAUGGGCGAAGGGGAAGACGCAGACAAGGACACACGGAGGAAGAGUAUCAAGAUGAAGCCGCUGCCGUCGCCGACCUCCGGGGGAAGCUGCAAAGGCAUCGGGGAGACCAAAAGUGGGGAGUCGGUGAUCAUGGAGACGGACAUCGGGAGACCGAUGAAGACCAGCUCGAAUGGAGAUUGUCGUAGAUUUCGAGGCAGCCUGUCGUCCAUCACAAGUCGACAUGUGCACGACUCGGACUCCGCGGAGGAGAGACGCCUCAUCACUGAGGGGGAUGUCACCCCGAGUGAGGAGAGUCCCCCCGGAGCCAUCGGCGACGGGCCGCCGGAGCAGGGCGCGCAGGGAGCCAGCGGUGGCGGCGCACAGAGCGACUCCCCGGACCAGCAACCGGGGUUCAUAAAGUUGGACGGCAUCGAUCAGAUCCUGCCGGACGACGAGCGCUUGUACCAGGCGGGAUUCAUUCACAGGCAGUUGGGAGCGAUGCUUCAACCAGGGGUCAACAAGUUUUCCCUAAGGAUGUUUGGGAGUGAGAAGGCGGUGGAACGGGAGCAAGAGCGGGUUAAAUCCGCCGGAUUUUGGAUUAUUCACCCCUACAGUGAUUUCAGGUUUUACUGGGACUUGACUAUGCUGCUGCUGAUGGUGGGCAACCUCAUCAUCAUCCCUGUAGGUAUCACGUUCUUUAAGGAUGAACACACGCCACCAUGGAUCGUGUUCAACGUGGUCUCCGACACCUUCUUCCUCAUGGACCUAGUGCUCAACUUCAGGACGGGUAUUGUCAAGGAGGACAACACUGAGAUCAUCCUGGACCCGCAACAAAUAAAGAUCAAAUACCUGCGGAGCUGGUUUGUGGUGGACUUCAUCUCCUCAAUUCCAGUGGACUACAUCUUCCUCAUCGUGGAGACGCGCAUUGACUCAGAUUUCUACAAAACGGCUCGUGCUUUGCGGAUUGUUCGCUUUACCAAGAUCCUCAGUCUGCUGCGACUCUUGAGGCUUUCUCGACUCAUCCGCUACAUCCAUCAAUGGGAAGAGAUUUUCCACAUGACCUACGACCUUGCCAGCGCCAUGGUGAGAAUAGUCAACUUAAUCGGCAUGAUGCUGCUGCUGUGUCACUGGGACGGCUGCCUACAGUUCCUGGUGCCCAUGCUGCAGGACUUCCCCGCCGACUGCUGGGUGUCCAAAAAUAAGAUGGUGAAUGACACAUGGGGGCAGCAGUACUCCUACGCGCUUUUUAAGGCGAUGAGCCACAUGCUGUGUAUCGGCUACGGCAUGUAUCCCCCGGUGGGCAUGACGGACGUGUGGCUGACCAUCCUCAGCAUGAUUGUGGGCGCCACCUGCUACGCCAUGUUCGUGGGUCAUGCCACCGCUCUGAUCCAGUCGCUGGACUCAUCUCGACGGCAAUAUCAAGAGAAGUACAAACAAGUGGAGCAGUACAUGUCCUUCCACAAGCUGCCGGCCGACAUGCGGCAGAGAAUACACGACUACUACGAGCACCGCUACCAGGGCAAGAUGUUUGACGAGGAGAGCAUCCUGGGAGAGCUGAACGAGCCGCUGAGAGAGGAAAUCAUCAACUUUAACUGUCGAAAACUGGUGGCGUCCAUGCCUCUGUUCGCCAACGCUGACCCGAACUUUGUCACGUCCAUGCUGACCAAGCUGAAGUUCGAGGUCUUCCAGCCGGGGGAUUACAUCAUCAGGGAGGGAACCAUUGGGAAGAAGAUGUACUUCAUCCAGCAUGGUGUCGUCAGCGUGCUGACCAAAGGCAGCAAGGAGACCAAGCUUUCAGACGGUUCCUACUUCGGAGAGAUUUGUCUGCUGACCCGAGGCCGCAGGACUGCCAGCGUGAGAGCCGACACGUACUGUCGUCUGUAUUCACUGUCAGUGGAUAACUUCAACGAGGUGCUGGAGGAGUACCCCAUGAUGAGGCGAGCCUUUGAGACGGUAGCGCUGGACAGACUGGACCGGAUCGGAAAGAAGAACUCCAUCUUGCAGCAUAAAGUGCAGCACGACCUGAGCUCCGGUGUACUCAACUACCAAGAGAAUGAGAUCAUUCAGCAGAUUGUGCAGCACGACAGGGACAUGGCCACAUGCGCGCACCUCAUGCAAAACAUCCCACCCCAGUCGCCCCCUUCGCCUACACCGGUCAUCUGGGCUCCCCUCAUCCAAGCGCCUCUCCAAGCAGCAGCUGCAACCACCUCUGUUGCCAUUGCCUUGACGCACCAUCCUAACCUUCCACCAACGCUGUUCAGACCUCCUGUUUCUGUGCUGGGAUCAUUAAAGGACCCUCCAAGCCGGCAUAAAAAAGUCCAAACUUUUCUCCCCUCAUCUACAGGUCCGAGUUCUACAGGGGACUCUCCAACAAGCACGCCGUCAAAACAGCGCUCUGCGGUGGACAUGUCAUUGUUGGCGUCUUUCCGGGCGCAACACAUGACAGCAGGAUCAGGAUCAUAUGGCUCUAACAAACAAGGAUCUGGCAAUGGAAACGGAGCAGGAGCUGGGUUAAGUGGAGGAGGGGUUGCUGCCUUUUCCCUUGGGCGACAGUCAUCUAUCGGUUCUCCAUCAUCUAGUAUGGCUCAACUCCACCCACAACCUCAGCGUCAGCAGUCGUUCCGCUCAAGCACACCGCCACUGUCCAAUCUUUUCCACCAGGGUUCGAGCGGAAGUGGAAGUACAGGUUCAGGAAUAAGCCACGGUGCUGGUGGAGGCUGUGGCGGUGCAACAGGUUGGUCGACAGGUGGAGCGGUUGGGGGUUCCAUGGAGGGUGCAAGCGGAGGUGAAAUGGUCUGGGCUGGUGAGGACUUUGCAACUCCUGCAAUGGAGACCACCUCUGCUGCACACUGUCAAAGAGGAGCAGGUGGAUCAAUAGGAGGAUUAUCAGGGGAAUCAAUAGGUGGAGUAUCUGAGGAAUCAACAAUUGGUGCUUCACCGAGAUCAGCCGGUCCGACAAGUGUAUCAGUUUCAGGUGUUUCCAGUGAUGCAGGCAGAAGGUCAGUGGGGGGAGUCUCUCUUGGAUCAAUCAGUAGGACAUCAAGGGGUUCACUGGAAGGUGUUACAGCUGAUUUACUCUUCACCAAGUCCGCUCAUGGUUCCUUAGGAAGAGCUUCUGGCCGCUCAGAGGAAUCUGGUGAACUGGUUGUAGGAAUGACAUCUAGUGGGUCACUGAGAAGGGCGACACCCCAAUCCGUGGUUAUUUCAGGAUUAACCAGAGGCAUGUCUGUGGGACCUCUCCAAGGGCUUCCUGGCGAUUCAUCUAUAGGGAAUCCUUCAGAGUCAUUAGCAAAGCCUUGUGGCGGGAUGGUCACUGGUCUUAUUGGAGCAAAUCAGAGUGGGUCAAGUGGCGGAUUCGUUGGAGUACAUUGUAGCAGACCAAGUGAAGGUGGAAGCCACAUAGCAGGGCCGUCGGUUUUACCUUCAGUAAGUGGGAACACUAUUAGUUCCUCUUGUUGUCAGAGUCCAGUAUCAACCAGCUCCUCGAGUCCACUGCCAGGUCAGCUACUCCAAAGCCAGCCCUUAGCCAAACCUCCAAACGUGACUCCUUUGCAGCAGUGUCCUGGAGGUGACAGGACUACCAGUGGCUUAAAUCUCCUUCACUCUCCACCACAUGGCUCUCCUUCGUCAACCAGGAGACAGCAAAGCCAACAGGCCACUGAUGGAUCCCCAUCUUCUCUCAAUCAGUUUAGUCUGGCAAGUCUCCAGUCUGGCUUUUUGCCUUCCCAGUUGUCACUUGAGAGGUCUGCCUUGGCCUCUUUGGCCCAGUAUGGCUCUGCAAAUGCCUCUCCUUGCCUUACUCCUGUGGCACCUAGCCCUACCAUUCAAAGUCCAGUGACAGGCAGGACUUUCCACUACAGCGACCCCUCAAGUGUCACAGGAUCCCACAGCUCCCUGCUCAUGCCACAGUCUUCCCUUACUUCGCAGCUUCCAUGCCAGCCACAAACUGCAGGACGAGACUCUCAGCUUGGCCGUUUCUCAGAGGAUCUAAAGUUGUUAUCCAGUUCACAUCCAACGCUUCCACAAGAGACGCCGCAGGCUGUUGGCCAAAUCCCUUGCUCAUCAAUGGAAACUGGCUAUUACACCUCACCUUUCUCUUCCCCCACAAUAGUGCCCAAACCCUGUAGCGCAGUACCAGGCCAUAUGACUCCUCCAGUCCAACUAUCCCCGGGGCAUCACCAGACUCAACAGCCCCCCGGAACAUCUCAUCUACAGAGGGGUUCUCCAUCAUACUCGGCAGAUUUAGAGCCUCAAACUGUUCGCUCUAAACUUCCUUCCAACUUGUGAGGAUUAGUCACACCCUCCUGUGCUCCUCCACACUGAAACACUAUAUACGCAUUACAUUUUUCUUUGUGAGACUGCUUUAUUUUAUCCCAAUCUUUACUGUGAUUUCCUCAGAUUUCCCAAGACUACACCGUAUGUCAUUAUUUUCUUCCUUUGUUUCAUCUUUUAUGUAUAAAGUAGAAAUAUCCUUAACUUGUGGGACUCGGAGGGUGUGAAUACCAUCUUCAUUAAGGGACAUUUUCAAUAACUAUGCCAAAUUCAUCUGGUGAUGGGAUAGUCAGUAUACCACUCAGUAAUAAUCCUUUUCUGCAGGAACCUAUGCACUAAUACCUGCAUGUAAAAAAAAAGCUUUUGUGUGUUUCAGAACAAUAGUUAUCUAAUCUUUUUGCUAAACAGAAACGCUUCUCUAUGAAAGACUCUUGUACCGUCUCAUACAGGAUCACAUAUUGCUGAUCUUUAAAUGUAUAGAUUGUACUCAUUUAUCCUCGGUGUAUACUUUUCUGGUUAGAGGUGAAAAAGACGUUUUAGGAUACCAAAAAAGACUUCAGGUGAGGACAUAACCUCGCCUCCUCUAGGCCCUGCAAUCCUUCUUUUAUACCACAUAAUUGUAAAAGAACUGUUUUUGUAUGCUGGGAGAAAGGGUUCAGGCUCUUCAGACAACAGCUUUGGAGCUACUGGCUUCUUGUCGGGUCCUCAACUCCGUCCUAACAAGCUCACUUUGUCUUCCAAGCUCAUGCCGCUAAUGUGUGUAGAGUGCAUUUGUUCAAUUUUCUUCCUGAUGGUGUGCAACUGUAAAUGUGUGAAAGCUUGUGGGGACGCCUCAUCGAUCAGUCAGGUACGGUUCAAACAAAGUUUAGGGCAGGUAUCUGGAUCCUAAAUAUGAGCAAUUCAAGGGUGUGGAGAGAGCAUUUUUUAUCUGUUUCAAGAAUUCUAAAGCAGGGUUUAGGCUCAGAAGAAGGCCAUUUAAUGUAACACUACUUUCGAUUUGGAGGACGGAUGGAUGUCUUUGUGACGUUGGCCGCGCUGUCACAUUUUUUCCUUCGCUGUCCUUUGGGUAAAUACUCAAAGUAACAUGAGUUGGGUCUGGCAUUGGCAUCUAAGAAACCUUUGGGCUGCAUCCUCAUCUACCCAUCAUAUGAACUCUUUCUUAUUUGGGGAAAGGUUUUUUUUUUUUCUGUGCACCGACUCUACUCAACUAUUUGGCUUGUACAAGGUGAACUGACUGAAAACAAAAUCUCGUGCUCCCAAUUACGUGUGCAGACUGAGCCAGAAUACAACAUACUGAAUUGGACAACGGUUAAAAACAAAGUGCUCAUGGAAAAGCAACAUGAUUUUUUUUAGUGUUCAUAUUUUGUUGAAACAAUUGUAAGACCCAACUCUUCACAAUCACAGCAGAAGUAUGGGGGUGAAGACGCCACCCACCUGCCAUAUUAACAGCUCCUAUUUCGGUACAUCACAUGAGAACCAAAUGAACUUCCAAAUCCACCUCCUGGCUUCCUUUCUUUUUCAAAAUGAUUGUCUUACAAGUCACAUAAACGUCUACAACACUUCAUGUCUGUUUUGCUUUGUGUAGCAAAGGUGAACAGCUUUAUCAUUAAUAUAUAUAUGAAAUUAUAAAGUAUAUAAACACACACGCACUGUAUGUAAAUGUAAAAUGAAAAGACCAUGAUUCAUCUCAUACACAUUUUCGUAGACAUUUAUGAUACUGAUAAGCUUUAUUUAUUGUUCAUAUCUUUGUAGUAAGAAUUACAAAGAUUUUUUUCUACAUUUUCUUUUACAUGGACAUGAUCUUUAUGCAGUAUAUAGAGUUUCUUCAUGUUAAUAUGAAGAAAGACAACAUGUAAUUUAUUUGUGGCGAGACGAUGCAGUAUUGAUGUUGACCUUUGUUGGUGUAGUUUUUAGUUUGUCUCGAAGAAGUCUGAAGUUGGAACCAAAAAAUGGAAGUGUCGAGUCAGGCGUUGUGUCUCGCACUGAAGUGCAGCACGUGAGCAGUUUAGUUCCACUUUGAGUCUCAUCCCGGAUCUGAGAAUGCAGUCCUGUGUUUUUGGCAUUGUGGAAGUUCAGGGACAACUUCUACUUCAGUCUUCUUUAUGUCAUUGUGUUUGUGUUGUCUACCUCAUAGUACCUGCAAGCUAAUAUCCAGACUAUUACUACAACAAGUAGGUCACUUUCAUGGACGUAGAAGUGCAUUUCCAAGAAUGGACUCCCGCUUACAGUAUACAUAACUGUUGUCAUGACUCUUCUGAUUGGACUUAGUUCUAGUACUGCUAACAGAUGCCAUUUAUUGCUUCCAUAAUCAUGAUUUCCGUAUUUUUUUUUACCUUGUCGCAUCAGACCAAUGAAGUUGCAUCCGUUUUCUUAACAUAAAAGCACUCUAUCCCCAGCCACCUCUCCGAUGUUCCCGUAGCUCCACCUCGAGUGCCGGGGUGUCCACGGGACACUCGAGAACUACGCAUAAAACGCCUUCACGUUCAGAACGUCACCGAGUUUUCAUUUUUUCAUCAUUUAUCAGACUUCAUACUGGACCCCGUUUUCACCCGUUUCGACCUAGAACAGUGCAGCUUAUGUGUGUAUAUAAUAUAUUUCAUUCUUAAAUUUGGUUGGUGCAGCUCAUAUUCACAUACGGUAACUUGGAAACUAAUCGUUUAUUAGACCUGCACUGACCACAGAACCAAGACAGCAGCGGAGUUCAGUCCACCCAGCUUCAGUACAAACAUCCUCAAUCACGUAACGGUGCCGCAUCUCUCUUCAUGAUGAAGUUCAAAAACAAGAACAACAUUUGGAAUGUCCUCUGGUCGCCAGUUGAAACCGUAAAUGGAACGUCCACACUACCUACCUGUAUGUUGAAUAACUCAUUUGAUGCAUGUCCGUGUUCUCGAAUACCUCAGUGGGAGGUAUCACGACUCUCCCAGAGGAGACUCGUGGUGUUCUGCUCCUACAUGUCUGCUGGUAGCUCAUCAUCAAGACAGACCCGGGUUCCUCUCAGACAGCUGAGUCCCCGGCACCGUCACAGAACUCAGCCACGGCAGCCUAAUUUAACAAGACAAGUCUGUAAUCCCUUGACCCUUCGCAGACGAUGGUGGACUCGGAGAUGCACAGUGACCGUCUCCCCCUCCCCUCAUUACAGUUCCCACAAGUCCCUCUAAUAAGGAACAACAGGACAGAUUCAUGACACGACACAUGGCGACACUUGGGCACAGCAAAGCACGAAUGUGGGAACCUUGAUCCAGGGUGGAUGCUAGAUCCUCACCGACCACAUUAGUUCUGAUCGGAUCUCUGAAAAGUGUUAUUCUCACCGACAUUGCCUUCAUGGAGUUCUUGGAUCCUAGAGCGCAUUCUUAGUCAAAUCCUAGAUGAGUCUGCUGAGACACAAAACCUGUUUCAUUUUAUAAAGUUCAACCAAAUGCGGGUUUUCUUUUGGGUGUAAUGCUGACAUUGGACUUUCAGUUACAUUCACACCACAUGUGACACUUUGGCUAUUUGCAUACAAGUCGUCGUUGGAUUCUGAGUUGAUGGCAUCCGCCGCCUCUCCAGUCAGUCUGCUGGGGCUGGUUCUAAAGUUAGUGAAGCAUGGCGGAUCAGAUCCUUAGGAGGAGCUCAGUGACUGAAUGCUAGCGACCGCUAGGAUCAGCUUCCAUUUCUUGAAGACUCUUUCCUCUCCUUCCAUUACUCUGAAACCAGGCCUCUGAUCAGUUAACAUGCCAUGGCUUGUCACCAGAGUUCCGAUCUUUCGACUUCAGAUUUGGUUUGACAAAUGUCGCCUGUCUCUUCAAACACGGCUGCAACCCUGUUGCCUCACAUCCCCUGCGCCACGCUGUAGCAUGACAGUUCAGCUCUCCUCUACGUUGCCUUUUUGGUUAUACCUGGGCAGCUUAUGGAGUCACUCACAUCUGUGUUGUACCUGAGGGACGUUCAGCCUGACCACUUUCACUUGAUUCCUGUAUUUUCAACGUCACUGGGACACAUCGAUACAUGUGCAGCUAGGUGGCUUCUUGAGUUUCUCUUCUCUUAUUCCGGAGUCAAAAGUUGGUCAUGAUAACUCUGUGCCAGGUAUGACAACUUUACCAUCUAUGAUUUGUUUAGCCACUAAAGCACUCCAGCCACAAAUUCAAGUCAGUAUAUUUUAUACUUUAACUUUUGUUAACUGAAAAUACGCAAAGCAUUCUGGGUACUCUGGGUGUUCAUUCUCAUUCUUUCCUCAAUCUCACUCCUCAACUUAACUUCCUGAGAAUCGGGACAGUCCUUGCACUCCGCGGGAGGGAGCAUUUUCGAGGUUGAGGAUUAAGGUCUCUGGCCUCAAGUCUUGGUCUUGGACUUGAAUGCCCUGACGUCGGUCUUGACUCGCUAUAUGUUGACAAAGCACUGGAGUCCUUGUAUGACCGAGAAAGCACCAUGAAUCUGCAACAUAUUUGACUGUUCAUUGAUGACCGUAAUGCCUUAAUAAAUUACGCCCGGUUUCGUAAUUUCCCGGGAGGCCGUGUAAUCCCCCCUUCCAGGCAACGACUUGAAAACAGCCAAAAAUGGGUAACAAGAUUUUCACCUGACAGCCAUGUUUAUUCUUCAAGGGGAUUUGCUAUUUUUGUCCUCCCAGACUGUUUGCUGCAUCUGAAGCGUAAUGUGGAGUGGAGACAGUUUUCUAGAGGAGUCAGCUGGGAGUUAGACGGGAAACUUCAGAAGUUUAUAGAACAGAAAAACGUGGUGAGUCACUCAGCUUCAGCAGUUCCUGCAGCAAAUUGUUUUUUUUUUUCCGUCAUGUCACCGUGUGGUUCCCACUCGAGAUGUUAUUUGGAGGUUAACAGGAGCUAGAUUCCUGAAGGCGGCUGGGUUUUUUUCGUCACACAAUUCUUUGUUUUUCGUGUGUUCCCUCACACAGUCUGAGUCAUGAAUGGAGUCCUAAGAAAACAUUUCACCUCAUCACCUUCCUAGAUGUUUUUCCUGGUAUUUCCAACAAAACAAGAGACAGGAAACAGGAAGAUCUGCACGGUUCCUUUGUUUCUUGGCUAUAUCUCUCCAACUCGUCAUGUAUAUGAAUAUAAUAGUGACUCAACAGAGCCAUGAGUCAUGGAUGGAGACUCAGGUUAUUGUUAGGAACCAGUGAUGGACUGCUGUCAAGGUCACAUUGUUCUUGAGCUGAAGCAAGUGGAAUUUAGUUUCGGGUUAUGAUGAGGGUUUCAUUUGAAACAUUGAUCUCCUAUUUUAGCUCCACCUACUUUGGGUCAGGAAGUUGGAAGCGGCCUGAAUGUGCUGGACAGGAGAUUGAAACAAAUUUAUCAUAGCAGACUUGUGUAGCUCUUUCUGCGGUAGCACUGACGUGUGUUGCAUAUGUGUAGCUGAUCUUCUCCGGUCGUCAUUGGUCUAACUCUAUUAUGAUUAUGGGCUGGUUGGUUGAUGAGUCAGCAGCGCAGCAGUGGGUCAGAACCUGUUGAUUCUCAGGAGGGGUUCAUGAUUUAGGGUUUGUUUGGGAAAUGAAACUGUCACUCCAGGAUUUUUAUUUGUUGCUUCCAAAUAUGCCUGAUUUAGUGGCAGAUAAAAAAAAAUGUCAUGAAAGUAGCGAUCAUUGUUCUGGAACAACAUGACAAGAAAUAAGGACCUUUGCAAAUUAUCUUGUAAAAACAAGUGUCUGUUUUUAGCCUAAAACCGCUGCAAUCAUUUCUAACAAAACUUGCUUUUUUGCCAAAAAAAAGAGUAUUUCAAGUGCAAAGAGCACGCACAAACAAAAUAAAAAGGUAAAUGUAUAUGCUUCUUACCUUUUUGAAUGAAUUCAGUCGAUUCCUUUUGGAAAAAUUAAAUCAUGCUGCGCAGUUAGAUAUGAAAUGCAGGUGUUGGAGAACCAAAUGGACUCAGGAUGGUGGAGGCAGCGUAGAAGACAUGGAUGAAUGAAAGCAGCCAGAAACCUUAGCAAUGGCAGACAUUGGUAAACGAAUAGUGAAAAAUAAAAUCAUCAUCCUGUUGGACAAACACAAUUGUUUUGUGAUACUUUGUCGCCUUACAUUAUGACCAGCUGUUCUGGCUUUUGUUGCCGGAACACAUGAUCUUCAGUAGCUAAACUCUUCACAAACUCACUUAGAAAACACAUCUAAAACAUAUUUUCCUUUAACUCUCAGUAAGAAAGGCAAAUAUUGAGGGAAAGGGGAGUAAGAAGGACGUCAUUUUUUUUUUUUUUGCUACUUUCCUCCCACAGCUCAGAUUAAUUGGUGGGUCAUGGUCGAGUUUGCACGUAAACAUGGGAGGCGGUUUUGUCUCUUUUUUAUCCUCUUUCUUUCCUGCAGGCUUCAGUUAGAGAUGAUAGUUGUGUUGACCUGAUGGCAACCAGACCUUUCUCAUAUCAAUCUCAACGACAGCCUCCUCUUUGUAUCUCUUUUGUUGCGCUACCUCUAUGAUACAUGUGGAAUCACUGGUGUGUUUGUGUGUGUCUGUUGUAAAGCAAUAUUCCGAACGGUCCGGCACCAGGGUGUUAUUGUCCCGUCUCUUCACCAACCAUCAAGUCGGCUCAUUUCAGGUUAAAAUCCUGCUGCUUGAAAAAUGUUUUUGCUUCAUGACCCGAGCGCUGAUGAGUAUGGGAAUAAUAUUAAAUUAUAAAAUAAAUAUAUUAAUCAAGCUAUAUUAUUAAAUAGAAUUUAUAAUGUUUUGUUAAAUAAUAAUAAGAUUGUGUUCAACAGAUGCAGAGAAUAAGGGAAUGGCAUCUGAUAUGAGGAACCUUUUGGAGACCAUCUGUGGCGUCGUAAACCAAUUAAUCAGGUGGAGAACGGAUGAGUUGACAGAAGCAAGAUACCAAAGAAGGACGUAUUGGGUCAUCUGCUCCGCCAUUGUCGCCAAUAAAGGAUAGAUGUAUAAACAUCCUAAAGGGAUUUCCAGACGUGGUGGAGGCGACACAAGAUUUGGAAUGCGACUCCAGUGGCCUGGACCAUAAGGAGACCUGGACCAAUCGGUGGAGACUGCACCCCAAGAUUGAAGACUGCAGACUGAAAACAUAUAAAAAGGGUCAGGGCCAGAUAGUCUUUGUCACUCUACACCACUGGAGCUAAGGCUAAGUCAGGCGUAGUUGUGGACCCAGAGCUCUGUUAGGGUAAUUAGACUCCUCUGUCAGGGAAUAAAUUCUUUUUGAUUUUAAGUUGUGGGCUUUUGGUAGUCAUUCUCACGAGUAAACGAACACGCGGAAGAUACAUUAAAGGUGUAGAUUCCUACAAUUUGGUGACCCCGACGUGAUCGUGAGGUGGCUGGAUAACAGGACAGAGGAGUCGGACUUGAUUUCUGUUGGACAAUUGGUCUCCACGGUGCACCGGACUAAAGGUGAGCAGAAACCUGUUUGAGAUAUCACGAAUUCUGCACAUUGGAUAAGAACUAUUUUGGAGACUGGUUGGAAGACAGUGUUUGGUCCAUAGUCAUUUUAGUUAAAGACAAAAGCGGGGUUUGGUUCUUUUUAUUUUUGAAUGCAAAUCAGCCAGAGAGCGGGGUUUGGUUCCUUUUUUAUUUGUGAAUGCAAAUCAGCCAGAGAGCGGGGUUUGGUUCCUUUUUUAUUUGUGAAUGCAAAUCAGCCAGAGAGCGGGGUUUGGUUCCUUUUUUAUUUGUGAAUGCAAAUCAGCCAGAGAGCGGGGUUUGGUUCCUUUUUUAUUUGUGAAUGCAAAUCAGCCAGAGAGCGGGGUUUGGUUCCUUUUUUAUUUGUGAAUGCAAAUCAGCCAGAGAGCGGGGUUUGGUUCCUUUUUUAUUUGUGAAUGCAAAUCAGCCAGAGAGCGGGGUUUGGUUCCUUUUUUAUUUGUGAAUGCAAAUCAGCCAGAGAGCGGGGUUUGGUUCCUUUUUUAUUUGUGAAUGCAAAUCAGCCAGAGAGCGGGGUUUGGUUCCUUUUUUAUUUGUGAAUGCAAAUCAGCCAGAGAGCGGGGUUUGGUUCCUUUUUUAUUUGUGAAUGCAAAUCAGCCAGAGAGCGGGGUUUGGUUCUUUUUUAUUUGUGAAUGCAAAUCAGCGAAAAAGCGGGGUUUGGUUCAAUUUGCAUAUGAAUGCAAAGCAGCCAUAGAGCGGGCUUUGGUUCAUUUUGCAUGAACGCGAGUCAGUUUGGAACUGGACUCGGUUCUGUCCCGCCGUAGACUGGCUUGAGAUCGGACGCGAUCUCAUUUUGCAAUGUUGCUGUACACAUAGGGGAUUUUUGGGACCCCCUGAAACAGCGUAGAGUUUUAUGCCUGGUCGGAUACCAGGAGAAUAGAGUUUUAUACUUGAUCGGAUAUCAAGACAGAGUUUUAUGCCUGGUCGGAUACCAGGAGAAUAGAGUUUUAUACUUGAUCGGAUAUCAAGACAGAGUUUUAUGCCUGGUCGGAUACCAGGAGAAUAGAGUCCUAUCCUGGGUCAGAUGCCCAGUAAAUAUAGUUUGUACUUGUCUUUUACCCGAGGUCAGGGACCUGUGUUAUAUAAAAAAAAAAAAAAAAAAGAGAGAGAGAGCGAGGGAAAAGUAAAUUGGUAAAAGAAGAGAUGAAUUCGUUGCUUAGUAAGUCAGAGGAAGAUCGGUGGUCGGAUGUGUGUAUUUUACAUGGAUGUAAUAAGUAUAAUAACAAGAGUCAGAAAAAGAUGGAUGACUUGUAUGCGGAGAUAGAGACACAAGUUUUGGCUGGGGUGGAUAAGGAGAGAAAAGAAAAACAUAGAAAAAGAUUAAAUAAAGAGUGGGUGGUGUUAGGGAAGGAGAAGGAAUUUCUGAGGCACAAAUGUACUAUGGAACAUUUAUCUGAGAAUUUGCAGCAGAAGGAAAGAAGAGUUGUGGAUAAAGGAAAGAAGUUGAAAGAUGAGGUGAAAACAGCUACAUGGUUGAAAACAAGGGAGCUGAGGGAGUUGAGAGAAGAGAAUCAGGAGACCAGAAUGCUGUUUGUGAUAUGAUGGUAGUGGCUUCAGUGUUAGGGGAGGAAGCAGCCCCACCCCCCGUGACGGAGUCCACAACAGGUCACAGACAGGAGCGCGCAGACGAGCUAUCCAACUAUCCAAUGAUGAUCAACAAUCAGGGAGUAUUGCAGUAUCAUGAGUGGGAGAUGAAAGAUCUGACCCUGGUAACUAAUAAAUUGCCAAGUUUGACUGCAGGUGGUGAAGAGUGGAUUGGAGCAUUAAAGACACAUAUGGACAGCAUUUUACUUGCAGUUGGCGAUGUGGUGAGAAUCACCCGUGCAUGUUACAGUUCAGUAUAACAAUUUGACCAAAUUCUUUACAUGACCGGACUUGAUUCUGUAGAGUUAACUUCUCCUUUUGGAGGUUUUGCUUCUUAUUUUUUACAGUGAUCAGAGACUUGUUCCCUUAAGUGCCCCGACAGUUCCGACUCUGCCAGACUACACGCCAGCCACGGACCCCAGCUCUCACUAUGACAAGUGCCUGACUCUGUGGACCGAUAAAACUGGUGCACGUCCGUCCAGAAAUGAUGCAGCAGAGGUGGUUUUUAGAAUUGCAAUCAUGAAAAGAAGUUAAAUCAGAAUUGGGUAUAAACCUGGAUCUGAUGGAUGCUGAGCAAAAAUAUUUUAAAAGACAUGUUCAUUAUCUCAAACUUUUUGCAGAUCAUCACGCUGAAUCUGAAAAAAAAAAAAAAAAAAUGGCAAGGACAAGCAGGACCAGCUUUUGAAGCUGCGACUCGCAUCAGUCCGUCGUAAUGCCAUGAUUCACAAACAAAGAGGGAAGGAUAAAGUUAAAGGGGAGAAACAGAUGUGGAUGGAUCAGGGAACCGGUCAAUCGAGAGGCAGAGCCAUGGAUCGUGGGAGGGGUGACCUUGGAGGCGGUAGGGGAAGCAUCACUCAACCCGCCUACCAGCAACAACCUCAAGUGUGUCAUCGCUGCGGAGAUCCAACCCACUGGGUGAGAGACUGUCCACACCCUCCUGUGUUACAACAAAGUUUUGGAGGAGUGGCAAUGAGAGGCGCCAGACCCGGACCUAGGGGAGGGGGAGCCCCCAGAGGUCGAGGUGGUCGAGGACCAGCGCCCUGGAAUGAACAACCUUAUCUACCGCAGCAGCAGAGUCCAGCCUCUGUCAAAGUGGAGGGACAGACUGUCAACAUGUUAAUGGACACUGGAACCAGACUGUCCUCCAUCAAGCCUUCGAAUCCCACCAAAGAGACAUUCUGGAAAUCACAUGAACUGCAGCCUCAAUGACUCAAGAGCAAGAAGGGGAAGGUGGUGUGUACUCGACCUUCCUGCUGUGGAAGCCCUGGAACGAUCCAGUGGCCUCAUUAAGACCUCCGAUUGACCCCCUCCACCUCACUCUGUUUUAUGGCCAAAAUCAAGAUUUGAUCUACUAAGAAGCAUUUGAAUCAGUUAAAGGGGGAAGAAUGGCAAUUCUCAAGUACCUGCAUUUGUGUAGGGAAACAGGGAGUAGCUGUAGCUACCAAACUGACAUUGUCACAAGGUGAGUGGUAUAUGAUGUCCGAAACAUCUAAUCCACACAUCUUUCUUCAACCAGUUCACAGGCAUGAGCUCAGAGAGCUGGGACCCAUGGUGAAGCAGUGUGAGGCAGCGGAAGACUGACAGAGUGGGCAAGUACCAAACGUGCCGUUUUCACCUUUGCUAAACGCUUUUUGUAUCCAGGAUAAAACAGGAGAUUCAGAUGUUCUGGCCACACUAACUAGGUUUCACGGACGAGAGCGCUCUGAUCAUGAAUUAUCAGCAGAGAUGUUGGACACCCUGCCUGAUUCGCUGUGGUCAUGAAGACCAGCGGACGUGGGCCACUGUGUCCAUUGUGAACCGAUAACGUUUGAAAUCACACGGCACACUGGCGCGUUUGUUAAUGUUCCACAAUAUUCACGUAAACAGGAGGCGUCUGAGGAGAUUGCCAACACUUAUUUUACCGAUAAAGAAAGCAGACUGCGUUAAUUACCGUAUGGCACAUGACCUCAGAGAAAUUAAUCAGGUAACAUUAACAUUGUGCAUUCCAGUGUCUGACUCGCACAGAUAUUGGAAUGUGUUAAGUCCAAAAUUUCAGUGGUUUAGAGUGAACGAUUUGGCAAAUGCGUUUUUCUGUAUCUCAUUAGCUCCAGAAUGUAGAAAGUUCUUUGCGUUUAUGUAUCACAUGAGUCCCACAAGGGUGGAAAUUGAGCCGUGGGAUUUUCAGCCAAUAUUUGUGUGACAUGCUCUCCACUGUUUCAUUACCUACAGGUGCUUUCUUGGUAUGGUAUCUCGACGAUCUGUACAUUGCGACAGAAUCGUUCUGGUAUUUGUUUGGAGGCUACCAGGAUGAUUUUGCUCAGAUGUGUUAGUAUCUGAUGAUGUUGUAAACGGUGUACUCAACCAAAAGAAAGGUGAGGAUAUUUGGAUUCUGUGUAUGUUGUGAGUUGUUGAUUUGGCAUUUUGGAGACGCACGGUUUUGUAACAGCGACUGGGGAUCCAGUUGCAUAUGGGGAUCUCAGUCAUAGGUUGGACACAAGGCUGUCAACCCUGCGCAGCGGUGGUGGUGGUUAAAUGCCCAGGACACAUGAAGGUGAACACAUAGGUUGCCAGGGGUAACCAGGCGGCAGAUGCAGCAGCAAGGAGGCUGCAGGCUGUCAGGUUUCUCCUCAAUGAGGUAAGCAAGUUGAGGACUUGUUACCUGAAAUCACUUUACAAGUUAUUCAGCAGCUACAGGCGAAUGCGCUGGACAGUGAGAAGCAAGACUGGAGUGCCGCUGGGGCCUAAUGGAACGCUGAUCAGGGGCUGUGGUUCAGCCCAGGGAAGGGACCAAGAAGAGUGGUCCUUCCUGAUGAUUUGUCAGAGUUUCAGCAUUGGUCCAACGAUGAAGAGGAUGAUGCAGCAGACGGAGUCAGGGAGGACUCCGGGUGAAGUGGUGGUCAUGGACUACACAGACAUGAUCACACCGGUGUAGAUAAAGAGGUAUAUGUUGGUGAUGGUGGAUACUUUUUCAGGACGGCCUGAGGUGUAUCUGUGUGCAAGGAAGGAUUUGUUGUCUGUCAUCAAAGCGCUGGUUAACCAUUAUAUUUCUACCCAUGGGUUUUCAGGAAUUAUCACAUCACAUCACAUCACAGAUCGCAUGCAUUUUACAGCAAAAUUAAUGGAAAAGCUGUGUAGCUCCUGGGAUUGAUUUUUAAAUUUGGUUUGCAUAUCAUCCCUAAUCUCAAGAUCACGUUGAACAAAGGAAUCGUAUGCCGAAAUAGCAUUUGGCCAAGACAUGUGCACAAACAGGGCUGAAUUGGCUGUAAGCCCUGCCUAUAGUUCUUUUGGCAAUCAGACAAUCUAUUAACCGCCGGACAGGGUUCACACUUUUUGAACUCCUGACUGGUCGUCUGAUGCCUGGUCCAGCCUCGGUGCUGCUCCAGCCGGAAGUGGACCCACCAGCCGGCUAUAAGCCCUACUGGGAGCAACUUUCUUCAUGUUUUUGUGCGCAGGACGAUGCGACUUUUACAGCUGAACCAGACGGACCCCCGCCAGCGUCAUCCAUUUAUCUUCAUGUGUUGCAGAGAAAGUGGUCCGAACUACUUUGGACUGGAUCUUUUGAAGUCAUGGUUCAAGCUAAAUGUAUUGUCACUAGUUUUUGUUUUUUUUGCUCAUUUCAUAUUUUGCAGGAAAAUAUAAAAAGGGGGACAAUAAGAUGAUGGUGAUGGACAAAGAAGGACAGCUGGUGACUUUUGGGGAUCUGGUGAUCUCUUUGGGAGUAAUGUCAUGGCUGUGGUGGUUAGGAGAUAAGGAACCCAACCUGGUAGGACCUGGUGAUGAGACCCUAAUCAUGAAUAGGAACAAGAGAUCACCAGACCCAUGAGAGGAGACGAUGGGAAACAUCUGGAAGAAGAAAAUAUUGUAUCCUUGGCAUGAAAUGUUUGAAAUCCUUAUUGUCAAGUUUGAUUUUUAUUUACUUCAAUCCUGACAUUGAUUUUAAUUUUAAUUUUAAUACCAGGGAGAGUUUUGUGAACUAUUUUUGAUGUGUUGUUGAUCUCUUUAGGAAGAGAUCAAAAGGGGGAUUAUGGGAAUAAUAUUAAAUUAUAAAAUAAAUAUAUUAAUCAAGCUAUAUUAUUAAAUAGAAUUUAUAAUGUUUUGUUAAAUAAUAAUAAGAUUGUGUUCAACAGAUGCAGAGAAUAAGGGAAUGGCAUCUGAUAUGAGGAACCUUUUGGAGACCAUCUGUGGCGUCGUAAACCAAUUAAUCAGGUGGAGAACGGAUGAGUUGACAGAAGCAAGAUACCAAAGAAGGACGUAUUGGGUCAUCUGCUCCGCCAUUGUCGCCAAUAAAGGAUAGAUGUAUAAACAUCCUAAAGGGAUUUCCAGACGUGGUGGAGGCGACACAAGAUUUGGAAUGCGACUCCAGUGGCCUGGACCAUAAGGAGACCUGGACCAAUCGGUGGAGACUGCACCCCAAGAUUGAAGACUGCAGACUGAAAACAUAUAAAAAGGGUCAGGGCCAGAUAGUCUUUGUCACUCUACACCACUGGAGCUAAGGCUAAGUCAGGCGUAGUUGUGGACCCAGAGCUCUGUUAGGGUAAUUAGACUCCUCUGUCAGGGAAUAAAUUCUUUUUGAUUUUAAGUUGUGGGCUUUUGGUAGUCAUUCUCACGAGUAAACGAACACGCGGAAGAUACAUUAAAGGUGUAGAUUCCUACAUGAGAGGUGGCCAAAACUGCUGCUCUCCGGAUUAGCGAGACGCCGGGAUUGAGGCGGAGAGAAAUGUGUUCCUGCUUCUUACAGUUUCGAUCGGUUAAGUGUGUGUAAUCCCACAGACUAUUAUUUUAGUGCGGCGCAUAUAUAUUUUUGCGUAUUUAUGUGUUUAUUUUUUGACAAGUGACGUCACCACAGUGAAGCAUACUAUAACAAUAAGAAGCAAUGUCCAUCAAACUGUGUUUGUACAGCUUAUAUGUCGCAGAUUUUUAAGGGAACUUUUUGCAUCGUAUAAUCUCUCUACUCGCAUGACAGCGAAUGAGUUUUUGUUACAGACUUUUUACCUGGACGGAUGUCGACCAGUGGGACAACUGGAGAACCUCUGAAGUGGACAGUGCUCCGGCGGUUCGGCCGAAGACAAUGGGAUUAUCAAUCUAUUUUUCUCAGCCUUCACACUGGAACUUAGCAAUAAGACAUCUGUACUUGUGUGGCUGCGGACGCUGUGCUGACCCUUGUGACCGCCGCAGCUGCGGCACCUGGUGUGUGUGUGUGUGUGUGGGGAGGAAUCGAAGGAGGACAGUCGAUAAGCACACACAUA